CUCCCUCCCUUCUAUCCCUAUUAAUUGUGUAAUCAUCUACUUUAACAGGUCUACCCAAUAGAGUAGCUAUGGAGAAAAGGGCCUGGUAGUCAAUGAGGUGAAGGGGCAGCAUAUCCAGAGUAACCCAAACAGGGAAUAUUGGGGAUUCUGACUUGGGGCUGUAGUCCCUAGUCCAUUUAAAAACAUAGAAGGACCUAUCGUAUACAUACCACUUUCUCUUUUGUAAGAAUCUGAUGUAAUCUUCUUCUUCCCUGAAAGUAAAUAAGUUGUCCCUUGCGUUGAUUCUUCUAAUUCUGAACGGCCCAAACCCCAAGUUUAGGAGGAAUUUCUUGAGAAUUGAUAGAUGUAUAGCUUUGUUGAAUCUCCCAACCACCGAAAUUUGCAAUUUGCUCUCCAGUUCUGCCUCUUCUUUCUCUGUGUGGGGUAAGUUAAUUGGGAUACAUGUUGAGAAGGAUGGUGCAGAUAAAACAUGUAGUGUGGAACCUCAGAGCCAGCUCUUGGAUGACGAUCCAAUUUGGAGCAGCCCAGAGGUCAUAGCUGCUGUUGAUUUAGCUGAGAAGGCAGCACAGGUGCGAGCCAAAUAUCAUGAGGUGGUAAGUGAUAUGCCUUCUUUUAGCUUAGGAAUGACACAGGAGUAUGAGGGUGAUGGAUGUGGCGCAACAUCCAUCGAACAUGCUGGGGAAAAGAUAGUUGUGGGGAGUCUGAAUACUGAGGUGACGCCAUUACGGGUUUGUGAAGCGGCAGUUGUAGGGAGUGCUGAGGGAGGGAAAUCAAAUCCUUUUAACAAUAGCAAACAGGAUGAGAAUGAUGCGAAUGAAGAUGUGGGAGGCAUGAAAAGGAAAAGCGAGGAGAUUUUGCAGACCCAAGAAGGAAGGAGGACUAGAAGAAAACAACGAGCAACACUAACGUUGAAGUCACCUUAUAUGAUGCGCAUAAUUGACCCGAAAGAGAACGCUAACACCAAAGAGAAAAACAUUUGGAAAUGGGUUAUGAGUAAUCCAAGAGGUGAUAGAGAUGAAAUUGUCUUUAAGGGCUACAAUAUAUUUGUUGACCGUGGUCAGAUGAUGACGUUGGGGGUUGGUGAGCACAUUUCUGCGAAUGUGUUGGAUGCAUGGUCGUGCAUUUUAAAUAAGAACGAACUGUUUCGUAGCACUACGUCACCUGCUCGCUUCUUUGCAAAGUCACUACGAUGUCCAUAUACGCACGAGGGUAAUGCGUAUGAAGCAGAUGUUGCAUAUAAAUUGUUUUGUGAUGUUAUCGAGUAUGGUUGGAGCUCAACUUCUCCCUGUAAUGUGGACUUGAUUUUCUUUCCAGUACUACAACAAAAGUGGUGUUAUUGCUUAUGCGUGAACCUAAAGAGUAACCGAUUUGAGAUCUUGGACAGCUCCUCUGAGAAUGUAUCAUUUGAUGAUAAAUAUGAUGGAAUGCCCAAGGACAUUGGAGACAUGGUUAUGCGUUUCUUCGACGAGAAAGGCCUUGGUGCGAAGGUUUUGAGGCUUAAGGGCCAAGCUGCACGCCGUUUGGAAAUGCCGUGGAGAGAUGCAAAGACGAUCCAUGAUUAUGGGGUUACAACCAUGAGGCAUAUGGAGACCUACAUGGGUCAAUCUUUGAGGAAAUGGGAAUGUGGUUUGACAAGGGGUGAUCAAAAACCGAUAAAUGCACUGAGGAGCAAAUAUUGUGCUGCGAUUGUGGAGUCAGAUGUUAAUGAGUUAAAAGAUGUGAUCUUGAAGAGGGUCAAGGAAUGUAGCCGGGCAUGAGAGUCUGUUAUGGCAUGGAAACUAUGCAUUUCCUAUUUAUAAGUACUCCUGACAUUUUUAUUAUUUAGAGAUGCUAUUAUUUUUGGGCUAAGCGGUGUUUGGGUGUUACCCAAUUAACUGGUUUUCUUUUUGGUUAUGGUUUUUUGCAACUUGGAUUUCAAUGGUGUCUGUUGACUUGUUGGUUUGGACUUAUGUUUAA